GAGAGAACAGAUGGGAGGAAAGAGUUACAGGGAGCAGCAGCCUACAAAGAGAAUAAAAUAGGGAACGUUGUUUCCUUAUUUUAUUUUAUUUCCUUUUAAAAUAGCAUUAUUUUUUCUUCUAUCAGCAUUCAGUUUUGCAGCAGAUCUUCUUAUUCUAGCUUAUAUAUUUCUUGCGUUUUUCCCCCCUGUUGGGGAGGGAGACAGAGUGGGAAGGAAGGAGCUAGUAGUAGAAGAAAUAGAUUUAGUAAGAGAUUUAAAGGGCUGGUUGUAACUUGAGAAGUUGCGAACCAAAAUUGGCUCUUUACUGCUGGUUUUAUUGUAUUGGUAUAUAAUAACACGAUUAUUAUAGAGGAAGAGUUGCGGAGGAGUUCCAGCAAAGAAAUUCUUGCUCUCUCCUAGGUUUAGGGUUGUCCUGUGUGUCCGUCUAUUUCCCAACCCUCCCCCUUGUCCCCCCUCUCUUUCUCUCUCUCUCCCCCUCGCUCCCUCUCUCGUUGCCGCCUCUACAACACUGUCUUUAGCCCUCCCCUCUGAUGGUUGCUAUGGUGUCCAAGCUUUACUUGCUCUGGGCAGCUGCAGCAGCUGCACUGGCGCUGCUGAGCCGGCUGGCGGUGGCCGUGGGGCCGGUGGUCCGCUGCGAGCCAUGCGACACGCGGGCUCUAGAGCAGUGCAAGCCGCUGGUGCCAGACUGCGCUGAGCUGGUGCGCGAGCCGGGCUGCGGAUGCUGCCUGACCUGCGCCCUGCAGGAGGGCAACCCGUGCGGGGUGUACACUGAGCGCUGCGGAGCAGGACUCAGCUGCCAGCCCCAACCAGGAGAGCCCAGACCUUUGCAAGCGCUCUUAGAUGGCCGGGGCCUCUGUACUAACGUGACCGCCAGCAAGCUGAAGGCGUUCCUGAUGCAAGGACCACAUGCUACAGGAAAUGCCAGUGAUGAAGAAGAAGACCGGAACACUAGCAGUAUGGAGAACCAGGCAAUUCCCAGUGUUCCCCGGGUAUCUGAUUCCAAAUUCCAUUCACACCACACCAAACUUGACAUCAUCAGGAAAGGACAAGCCAAAGACACUCAGCGCUACAAAAUGGAGUAUGAGUCACAAAGCACAGACACACAGAACUUCUCCUCUGAAUCCAAACAGGAGACUGAAUAUGGGCCAUGCCGCAGAGAAAUGGAAGACACAUUGAACCAUCUGAAGUUUCUUAAUGUCUUGAGCCCAAGAGGGAUUCAUAUUCCAAACUGUGACAAGAAAGGAUUCUAUAAGAAGAAGCAAUGCCGCCCAUCCAAAGGAAGGAAGAGGGGUUUCUGCUGGUGUGUGGAUAAAUAUGGACAACCACUCCCUGGAUAUGAUGCCAAAGGGAAAGGAGACGCCCACUGCUACAACUUGGAGAAUAAAUAAGUGCCAGAUGCCAACUCCUGUGGAAUCUCUGUAUGGCCACAGAAUUCACCCAUCAGAGACUUCUGGAGUAGUUGGGAGAAGGCAUGGACCACAUUGGAGUUUCACAAGUUCUGCCUUCUCUUAAUGAUUUAGGGGAUUUUAUUUUAGACUCUAUGGACACUGCAGCUGUGCCCUGCCAUUGCUCCUGCCUUCCUUCUCGCCUUCUCUACAAUACUAAGGGAGGUCUGAAUUCCCAUGUAAAUCUGCACUAUUGAUCCCCAGAGACAGAGAAAAAGGCACUUCAGAAAAGAUUCAGGGAGUCUCCACUGACUUUAAAAACAACAAGAACAAAAAAAAACAGCCUGUGAUCCAUUUGAUCCCAAAAGAUACUGUGUGUUAUUUUAAAGAAUUUAUAGAGUGUACACUUUUUAAAAUAUAAAAAAGAAAAAAAAUAAGGAAUUUAAAAUUUUAAGCUUUUCUUUAAACAGGUCUGAUGGGAAAAAGUCUUCACGGGUAAAAUGUUUUAUAAAAAAAUCUCAAAGAACUUUUUAAAGAAUCAUGUUUCUAAAAUAAAGACAUGGCUAUUUUUCUCUGUAAAAUAUAUUAUGAAUAUUCUGUUAGUCUGUAUUUAAUAUAAUUUUUUAAAUAAACUUUAUUUAAAUGUAACAUGUGAAUAUGAAAUGUUACACCAUCAUUUUGAAGUAUGCCGUUGAAUCUGUACAAGUUUAAAAAGAAACAAAAAACCCCAUCAUAAUCUUCUCCUUCCAAGAUAAAUUUAUCAAAUGGAAGAAAAAACAUAAUUAAAAUGUCUUUUGCUUUUUGGAAAAAAGAAAAAAAAUCCUCAAAUCAUAGAUUUUUUUUGACCAUGAAAUCUAGACAAAUUAUCUUCCACAAUUUCAUUAAGAUAUUUUAUCCCACACUGUACAUUUACCACAUAAUUUGACUUCAGUAUGCCUUGUGUUUGUAGUACUCAAGGGCAGAAUGGAGCCUUUGCUUUUUUUUUUUUUUUUAUUUUAUUUCAAUGUAUUUCUUUUUUCUUCUUGUUUUAGUUGAUGUGGAGCUCAAUUGCGCCUUAUUUUGCACAUGUGACUGUCACUGCCAUCUGUAAUGUGCAUGGAUCAGCUGCAGGCAACAGCCUUGAUUUUCAUUUCUUGCCAUGGUGAAUUGAUUUUUAACCAAAGUGUAGAAAGAAAUUCUUGGAAUGCCUGAUUAUUAUAAAUAGGAAGCCAAGUGUAGUUCCACUUUCCAGUAGUUAAUGAAAAAAGCAAUUUUGAUUGUCCUUGUUGCUUCAUAUAAAAGAAAAUGUCGUAAGCAUCAGCCAAAUGUUGUCAUCACUCAAUAGCCUAUGGUACACUGCAUCUUCACUGAAGUGAUUGAUUCUCUGACUUUGCUCAUUAUUUUUAAACUAUUUUGAAUGGUGUGGAUUGAAUAAAAUCCAUGCUGACAUUUUUGUGCUUUGUAAAAUGAAAAUGAAUCUUAUCAUGAAGGGAAAAAAAAAUAACUCAUUUUCUUGAAAUACUGUCUCGCUCUCCUAUAUUGGGUAACAUGAUAAUCUUCUGUGGCUCUGCCUCUGAAGCAAAAGCAAGGAGAUGGUUUCAUGUAAAUAAAGAAGCCAAUUUUAUCAUGUUUUUAAAUACAAUGGACUGCUUUAUGAAGUGGUGAAGAAAUAUGCUAGGAUUUUAUCUGGAAAGGGGGAGAGUGAUACUUUGAGAAGUAAGUUGUAGUCCCUUUGUAGCAGUUUAAAAAAAAAUCAGGCAAUGCAGAUUUAUUAUUAUUUCUUUGCCUUGCUUUAAAGCUCUGAUAGACUUAAUCAUAGUUCAGAACUUUAAGCAUUUCUAUGGUGCUCUGAGACAAAAGACUCAGAAACAAGGAGUAAGGUGAAGCUUUUGCCUAUAACUUGAGAAAUAAUAAUCUUAUCUUUCUGUUGUCUAUAUAGUCAUAUUUGUAAAUCCAGCAAUUUUAAAACCAAGCUUCUUGUUGGGAAUAUGUUCUCUAAAAUCCAAUUUUUAAGAAAAUUAUCAUUUCCCCCUUAAAAAUAAUGUAAAAAAUAACAAAACAAAGACUAAGCAAACAGUGGAGACUCAUCAGUGACAUAGUGUUUAGCAGCACGUAGAAAAUCAUCUGUAUUUUUAAAGUUUGAAAUAGUUUUCUUUUUUAUAAUAUACAAAUAUAUGCAGAGAAGAAACAUUUAUAAUGAAUUUUGAGCAUAUUAUAUACCAUAUAGUCAAAAUAAGUAAUAGAAAUAUAUGCUAGAUGACACUAGAUAAUGUGCUAGAAAUAUUAGAUAAUAUAAAUAUAUAGACAAUUGAUUAAAGGAUUCUAUAUAUUAAGGAACAGACCUACUCUAUUUUUAGAAGCCAAUCUCAUUUCUAUUAGAAUACUGAUAGCUUGAAUCAAAUGGUUUCUGAUUGACUGAAAUACUUUACAUUGAUUUGAUUCCCAAAUGUGUGUAGUGUACUGCCAUUACACCUCAAAUGGAUUCUCUUGGGAGGAAAUAAAUUCAUGAUUAACCAGCAGAUUCUGGCUAUUGACCAGGUUUUUGUUUUUGAGAGAAGGUAUUUUUUGAAAAAAAAAUUAAGUCUUGCGAUGUAUUUACAAAUAGUAAAUAAAAUUGUUUUUGUUAUUAAAAAAAAAAAAAAAAGAAUCGCUUACCCCCUUGUUCAAGAGUUGACUGCUUUUGUAUUUUAACUACCCUAGGCCCUAUGUCCAGCAAACAUUCCUGGUGUGAAAUCCAAAUGAUUCUUAUUACUGUCAUAGGCACACUCAUACUAGAGAAGAAGAUUGUACUCUUUUCUCUUGUUUCCAUUUGCAUUAAAACAAAAACUCAAUUUAACUAGUAAA